GUUUACUUCUUCGCACAUGUGCACGUUGUUGUGAGUUCAAUGAGAAUUCAACAAGUUUGCUUGCCAAAGUUUUCAAUGUUGAUGGGAGUCCCAAGUUAGACCAGAAGAUGUUAUCAUCUAUGUGAUUAUCAAUCCUGAAUAUUUUCAACUGCCAAUUCAGUAGUUGACAAGAUGAAGAGGAAACAAGACAAGCCUGAGAUGGGAAAGGAUCCUCCCAACUUGAAGAGAUUCCGUGCCAGCAUUACAGCAUUUAAUGCCAAAUAUGCCUCAGAAGACACUACAGAUCCAACUCCAGUAGAAAGUAAAGACAAACCUAAGAUGAAUCGCAAGCAGAAGAGAAAAGAGGGGAGAAAGCUGAAGAAGGCGAAGAGGAAUGCAUUCUGCAGUCAUGCUCCAAUCCCAAAAACUAUACAGGAUUUGCACCCUGCACCAGUUAAGAAGGAAAAGAAGGUGAAGACCCCUGAAGAGCAAAAAGCACUAAACAAGAGAAAGAAAGAAAAACAAAAGGCAAAGAAAAGGGAAAAGGAGGAAGAGUCUAACAAGGAAAAAGAAUUGAAGAAACAAGCAAUGGCAAUAGCAAACAAGAGAGAAGACAAACUCAUCAAACAGCUUGAGAAGAGCAUGAAAAUGAACAAGAGGAAGAAGAAAAAGGCUCCAGGAGAAAGCACCCCACUGCCAAAAGCAUUUACAGAUGAUGGCCUAGACUAUCUUUUAGAUGCCGUUGAUUCAAACAAACUAAAAGCUAUCUAUGAUGAGGAGGGGGAGUCCGACCUUGACCUUGGGCUUGAUAGUGGCUCAGAUCAAGAGGGUUCUGAGGAGGAAUCGGAUGAUUCAGAUUUGUAUGAAGAGUCGCCUCUAGAACCAUCUGAUUCUAGCAAAGACGAGGAAGCUGCGGAUUUCUUGCAAAUAAUCCGAGCAAAGGACAAAGGUGCAAUAAAACAGGUCAAGUUCCUGAAAGAGCCAGUAGAGGGCAGUGAUGGUGGUGACGUAGAGAAGAAGUCGAAAAAGAAGGAAAAAUCAGUAAAAUUUGCAUUGGAAGACGGUGGUAAUGUUGCUUAUGGUGAAUUUAGUGGGAACAAACUUGGGCAGAAUACCUUGACUAAUAUCGAUGUUGGGACUAACGUUCUAAAGGGUAAGAAGAAAAAGAGUGGUAAAUCAGUUGGAAUUUUAAUAGAGGGAGAAGGAGUUAGUGAUAGUGACAAUACUGGUGUUUCUAAAUUGAAAAUGGUUAAGAAAGGUCAAAAAGUAGUCCCUGAGUCUGACUCUGAGGAAGAAAUACGUUUAGACUCUGGUGAUGAUAAGGGGUCUGAUGAAGAAGAGCGAGAGGAAGAUUCUGGGGAGGAAUUUGAGGAUGAGGAGUCUGGGUCGGUACAGUUAGAUUCUGAAGCAUCAGAUGAAGAGGAAGAAACAAAACCAAAACUGAAAGAGGAUAUUUAUGGACGACUGAGGGAUGCUGAAGGGAAUGUUUAUAAAGAGUCUGAGGUUGGCAGAGGUGGUGGUGGAGCAUACGUACCUCCUGCAAAGAGAUUGGCAAUGGCGCAGGGGUCAGAAAAGAAGAAGAUCGAGUUGGAGAGAUUGAAGAAACAGUUGAAAGGACUUAUGAACAGAGUGAGCGAGUCCAAUAUGCAGGGUAUAUGCGGCCAGAUAGGUCAGCUCUACCUCCAUCACAGCCGUGCUGACAUGAACGAGAGCCUGACGGAGAUUCUGAUGACGAACUGUAUUUCACCGGUGUUGACGCCAGAGAGACUUGGGUUGGAGUUGGCCAUGCUGGUCGCUGUGCUGCAUUCUAAUGUUGGCAUUGAAGUUGGUGCUUUCUUCCUACAGCAAUUGGCCAAUAAAUUUGAUGAGCGCUUCAAAUUGGGUGGUAACUAUGGCGACGGGAAGGAGGCAGAUAAUAUCUUGAUUAUGAUUGGUCACCUUUAUAACUUCAAGGUUGUCCAUUGCCUGCUCGUGUUCGACAUCCUCAGGAAGCUGACUGAGAGUUUUCAGGAGAAAGAUAUCGAACUGAUCAUGGGAUUAUUAAAAAAUGUUGGUUUUGGCCUGCGUAAAGACGAUCCCGCCGCCUUGAAGGAGGUCAUAGUCCAGGUUCAGACCAAAGCUAACACGGCGGAUAUGGAGCAGUUCAAAGACAAAUCUCGGGUGAAGUUCAUGCUGGAGGUGCUGCUUGCGAUACGGAACAAUAAUGUGCGGAAGAUACCUAACUAUGACCCGUCACAUCUUGAGCAUUUAAAGAAACUUCUUCGAGGAUAUAUAAAAGGUUCCGGCUCAACGACAGACUCGGAAUUAAGAAUAUCGCUCCACGAUUUGGUGAAUGCCGAGAACAAGGGUAGAUGGUGGGUGGUAGGAUCAGCGUGGACUGGCCGCGAGACAGACAGACGAGAAACAGUCUCCAGCCAAACAUCUAUUGAAUUGCCCGAAAACAUCAGUAUGGAGAUUAUGGACUUGGCUAAGAAGCAACGCAUGAACACAGAUGUCAGACGGACGAUCUUCUGUGUGCUUAUGACAAGCGAGGACUUUGUUGAUGCCUUUGAAAAGUUGUUACGACUGAGCUUAAAGCACCAGCAAGAGCGAGAAAUCAUUCACGUCAUCAUGGACUGCUGCUUGCAAGAGAAAGUAUUCAAUCCAUAUUAUGCAUACUUAGGCCAGAAGUUCUGUGAAUACGAUAGGAGAUUUCAGAUGACCAUCCAGUUCCACCUGUGGGACAAGCUGAAGACAUUACAAGGCCUAUCAAAUCACAGCAUGAGCAACCUAGCCAAGUUCCUUGUCCAUUUGUUUGCUACCAAAGCUUUGUCGAUUUCAGUGUUAAAGGUUGUUGAAUUUGGUGAAAUGGACAAAAUAAUGGUGAAGUUUUUACGCUUCAUUCUCCUUGGUUUAUUAGUCGACCACGCUGACUACACGAUUAAAGAUGUCUUCCAUCGCAUCGCUACGUUUCCAAAGUUACACGUUCUACGAGAAGGACUGAAGUUAUUUUUGCAUCAUUUCAUUCUGAAAAACAAGGAAAAGUAUCCCACGGGAGAUGUGAAUCUUGAGCAAAGGGUUAAAAUGGCAGAGGCAGCAUUGAAAUCUGGAGAGACGAAGUUGAGGAUGUGAUUGUGAUGUGAUUGGAUGAACUAGGACUCCAUCUUUUGAUCACUCUCUGUGUUUAGUUUGAACCAUUGUUUAAUGACUUUCAUGGGUGGCUAUUCAUGCUGAGUGUGUAGUUGGAUGUCAGUUGAAGAUUACAGCAGUGCUGUCUGCAGUGAGGGCAUCUAAUUCUAAGGACAUCCUUCGAAGUGGUGAAAACGAAUGUCAUGUUUCAUGAAUGGGGAGCAGGGGUCUGCCACGAAAUAUGUUUCACCAACUUGAUCACUACCAAUAUCACUUCUGACUGAAAAAUUAUGGUGCAGACAUUGUUUGCCUUAGGGAUCAUAUUUUUGUUAAAAUGUGCAGAACUUCAUAAUAAAUGAUAAA